AUGUCUCAAACUUCGAUUAUCCUAAAAAACGGCACGGUCCUGCAGCACGACGAGCAGGACAAUGUGUGUGUCCUGCGUGAUACGGACAUUCUCAUCACAGGCAAUCGUAUCAUCCAGAUCGGACAAAACCUGUCGGAUCUUGAUGGCACCUAUGUGAUUGACUGCACUGACAAGAUUAUUUCUCCGGGUUUCAUUGACUCGCACCAUCACAUGUGGCAGACGCAGUUGAAAGGCAGACAUGGCGAUCACACAUUGGUAGACUACGUGACUGCCGCAAAUCUUCAAGCUAUAAACUUCACUGCCGACGAUAUCUUCUGGGGCCAACUCGGAGGAUGUCUGGAAGCCCUCGACGCAGGAACAACCUGCGUCGUUGAUAAUGCGCACAUGAGCGCCGGCCCUGACCACGGCUCUGCCGCUCUCGCUGCAACAGUGGCAUCUGGGAUACGCUCUAUAUUUUGCUACGGGGUGACCCCCCUCCGAGCUGCUGAGUGGACUUCAAGCACCUUUGAGGUCGACAAGAGCGGAGCUUUCCCAGUCUGGAUGUUUGACCAGCUGGAAGAGUUUGCCAAAAAGUCGCCGUUUGGAGGUGACGGACGUGUACAAUUGGGGUUCUUUUUCGAUUCUUAUUUCUUGCCGCAGGACGUGAUUACUUCUGUCUUUGACAAGGUUCGCAAGAUGGGAGUCAGAAUGAUCACAAGCCAUUUUAGACACUGGUCGGUAUCAGAAGGACAGUCCAAAAUCCCAGAAGUCCUACAAUCAUCUUCCCUCCUAGGCCCAGACAUUCUCCUAUCCCACGGCAAUGGCGUCACAGCAUCGCAAGCCGAGCUGCUCACGUCCGCCGGUGUGUAUAUCGCCUCGACCCCCGACGCCGAGAUAUUCAUGGCUUCCGGCUCUGAUCCCGUAGCCUUUCGCGCUGAUCUGCCCCUGACGAGUCUCGGUGCAGACUGCCACUCCUGCGGAUCUACCAGCAUGCUCCAUCAAGCCCAGAUGGCUCUAGGCAGCGAUCGCGCCGCCCAAAUGUCCGAGGCUGCCAAAGAAAACCGGUAUCCGAGGGAGUUCCGGGCCAAAGUGCAGCGUGCGUUUAACUUGGUGACUAUUAAAGGUGCUCGGGCGGCCCGAUUGGAUGAGUCGAUUGGAUCUAUUGCCGUGGGGAAAUUAGCUGAUUUGGUUAUUUUUGAUGCGUCGACUCCUUCAAUGAUCUGUGCUGCUGAGCAAGAUCCAUUGGCUGCGUUGGUCAGGCAUGCAGGGUCUCGGGAGGUGAAUACUGUGAUUGUUGGAGGCCAGAUACGAAAGGAAGACGGCAUAUUGCGCAAAGUAGAUAUCGCCGGCGGAUCGGAAAUUUUUGCAGUCAACGGACUUGAUGCAUCUCAGGAAUCAAAAUUCUCUUGGAAGCAGAUAGCCCGUAGGUUAGUGGACAGUCGAGCAGAGCUCCAGAAGAGGAUCGAAAGUGUAAACGUUGAUCUCGCAAGGCGCACGAUGUUGUCCAUGUUUGGGAAAAGUGAGGAAGAGGUUUUUGUAUGA